UUCUUGAAGCACAGCCUCUUGUGUAAUCUUUUUAAUUAAAGCUUUGUUAAUUAGUGUGUGAGAUCGAAGUGAAAUCAACAAUGGCGGGUCUUACUGGUAAGGUGGAGAAGGAAGUUGAAAUCCAUGCUCCUGCUGAGAAGUUCUACAAGCUCUGGAAAUCUGAAUGCUUUCAUCUCCCCACUGCCUCCCCUUCCAACAUUCAAGGUGUUGAGGUCCAUGAAGGUGACUGGGAGAGUGCCGGCUCCAUCAAAAUAUGGAAGUAUACCGUCGAAGGGAGAGCCGAGACUUUCAAGGAGAAAAUUGAAGCAGAUGAUGAGCAUAUGACAGUAACUCUCCACGGCAUUGAAGGAGAUAUCUUCAAGAACUUCAAGUUCUGGAAACCCGUCUUUAAAGUUGCACUAAAACAGCAAGGCAGUGGCAGCGUUGCGACGGUGAGCAUCGAAUACGAGAAGCGAAACAAGGACGUUCCUGAUCCAGUAGCCUAUGUCGAUUUCAUGGCGAGCAUGACCAGAGACGUUGCCUCUCAUAUUAUGAAGGCAUAA